AUGGCAGCUGAGCGGCGGGUGGCAGCCCUCUCUAGGCAUCUGACGAGCUCUUCGGACGUCUCGCUGAGUGCGAAGGUCGACCUUCGCGACUUUGCGGCUGAAGAUGUCUAUUUGUUUCUUACGAGGGACAACGUGGAGCUCAGGGCCAAGAUGCUGGAUUUUCUGAAGGACCCCAUGUACCGGCCCAACUACUAUCUAUCCCUCAUGGAGUUCCGGGAUCUCACUCUGCGCAGACUGCAGAAAUUUGUGGACCAGAAGUUUUUCUCCACCUUUGACUACCUCAAUGAUCCUCUGCGCUUCAUGGCCGGUCUGGAGACGCUGGCGUCUGUGGACUACAGCCUGUGCAUCAAGGCAGGGGUGCACUUCACUCUCUGUGGCGGCACCAUUGCAAAGCUGGGCACUGAGAAGCAUCACAAGACAUUCCUGCCCAGACUCGACACGCUGGAGCUGCCAGGCUGCUUCGGAAUGACUGAGCUGGGCCACGGAUCAAACGUCAUGGGCAUUGAGACUCAGGCUACAUAUGAUGAGGAGACAGGCGAGUUCGUGAUCAACACCCCAACCGACACCGCCUCAAAGUUCUGGAUUGGAGGCGCUGCGCAGCACGGCAAGGUUUGCACGGUGUUUGCACAGCUGACGGUGCGCGGCAAGUGGGAGGGGCCGCAUGUGUUUGUGGUGCGCCUGCGUGACGACUCCGGCCAGCCCAUGCCAGGCGUGCGCAUCCAGGACAACGGCCCCAAGGCGGGCCUGAACGGCGUGGACAACGGGCAGCUGUGGUUCUACAAUGUGCGCGUGCCGAGGGACGCACUCCUUGACCGCUACUCCAGCGUGGCGCCAGAUGGCACCUACUCCAGCCCCAUCCCCUCUGUCGCCCAGCGCUUCGGAACCAUGGUCGGCGGCCUCACCACCGGGCGCAUGCUGAUCGCGCAGGGGGCGAUCGACGCGUCCAAGAUCGGCGUGGCCAUCGCGCUGCGUUAUGCAUGCGCGCGGCCGCAAUUCAACGGCAAGUGCAUCAUGGAGUACCUUACCCACCAGCGCCGCCUGCUGCCGGCCCUUGCCACCACCUAUGCCAUGCAGCUGCAGUCUCUGCGCCUCAAGGACCUCUACAUGGCGAAGAGGCCGGAGGAUGCAAAGACAAUCCACGUGGUGAGCAGCGGGCUCAAGGCGGGCGCGACGUGGCACCGCGUGGAGAUCCUGCAGGCGUGCCGCGAGUGCUGCGGCGGGCAGGGGUUCCUGGCGGCCAACAAGAUCGGGCCCAUGAAGAAUGACAUGGACGUCGAUGUUACCUUUGAGGGGGACAACACCGUCAUGAUGCAGCAGGUGGCCAAGGCACUGCUGGACACCGCUGCAAAGAAGCCGCCGCGGCCGCAGAUGCCGUCAAUGGAGGGCGCAUCUGUAACGGACCUGACGCUGCUGGCGGCGCUGCUGCGCUUCCGUGAGGACUCGCUGACAGCCGAGGUGGCCGCGGCGAUCGGCCGCGCCGCCAAGGUGGCUGCCCCUGGCGGCAAGAAGGCCGCGGUUGCCGCCGCUGCCGACGCAUACGAGGACAAUCUGGACACCGUGCUGCAGCUGGGCUGGGCCCACGUCGACCGCAUCACCUUCGAGGGCUUUGUGGAGGAGGUAAACACGCGGGCGCCGAGGGAGGCGCGGCCGGUACUGUCCCUGCUGGCUACACUCUACGGCCUCACCCGCGUCGAGCGGGCACUCGCGUUCUAUCUGGCAUCCGGCGCCGCCUCCGGCGCGGCCGCGGCAGCCGUGCGCGCGGGAGUGAACGGCGCGUGCGCUGCGCUGUCGGCCGACGGCGGCUGGGCCGCGCUGCGUCUCGCGGAGGGUUUUGGCAUCCCAGACCACUGCCUUGAGGCCCCCAUCGCCUUCGACUGGCGCCAGAUCGGCUCCACUGUCACCAUGUGA